GCAACCGAUGUCAUAUACUAUGUACUCAUACCUAAUCCACUGACGUGAUUAGUUUGAUAUACCUAAAUCACUGGACAUUAUCAGUUUGACUCCACUCUCACUCUGACUAAAAGCAUCACCUGCUCUCCACCACGCCUCAGCUUCUGCCAUGUCGGAGCUGCCAUCGCCGCCGCCGCCGGCCGCCGGCAACCAGUACGGAGCGGAGCACGCCGCCGCCAAGAAGGCCGUCGCCCUCGCCGCCCGCCUCUGCAAGAAAGUGCAGCAGGACCUCUUGAAAUUGGACGUUCAAACUAAGGCUGACAGAACACCGGUGACAGUCGCCGAUUAUGGAUCACAGGUAUUGGUAAGUGUGGUCCUGAAGAUUGAAUUACCUUCUAACUCCUUUUCCAUGGUGGCUGAAGAGGAUUCUGAAGACUUGAGGAAAGAUGGAGCUCAAGAAAUGUUGGGACAUAUCACCAAACUUGUGAACGAAACCAUCAUAAAUGAUGGUUCGUACAGCAUCACAUUAUCUAAGGAAGAUGUGCUGGUAGCAAUCGAUGGUGGAAAAUCUGAGGGUGGACCUUCUGGGCGAUAUUGGAUAUUGGAUCCGAUAGAUGGAACUAAGGGUUUCAUAAGGGGAGACCAAUAUGCAAUUGGACUUGCAUUACUGGACGAAGGCAAAGUAGUUUUGGGAGCAAUGGCAUGCCCAAAUCUUCCUUUCAAAUCAAUAGAUCACAAUGGUGGAUCUUCGGGAGAUCAAGUUGGUGCCCUCUUUUCUGCUACAAUUGGCUGUGGAUCUACAGUUGAGUCCUUAGAAGGCUCUCAGCCACAAAAGAUCAGUGUCUGUUCUAUCAGCAAUCCAGUGGAUGCCUCAUUCUUUGAAUCUUAUGAAAGAAAACACUGCAUGCGUGAUUGCACUUCCUCCAUUGCAGAGAAACUUGGUAUUCAAGCUCCUCCAGUUAGAAUUGAUAGCCAAGCAAAAUAUGGUGCUGUAGCCCAAGGUGAUGGCGCCAUUUAUUGGCGAUUUCCACACAAACGUUCCAAAGAAGCAGUAUGGGAUCAUGCAGCUGGGUCUAUUAUUGUCACAGAAGCUGGAGGUUUGGUAAAAGAUGCUUCAGGAAACGAUUUGGAUUUCUCCAAAGGUAGAUAUCUUGAUCGUGAUGCUGGCAUUAUUGCAACAAAUAAAUAUUUGAUGCCAUUAGUUGUAAAAGCUGCCCAAGAGGCUAUGAAGGAGGAAGGAAUACUAGGCUGAUUCACUCGUGCAUCAGAUGAAAAAAAAUGAUAAUUGUGAUGCUGUUUUCAAUUUGUGUGCAAUAUAAGUGUUUGCCCUGUGUUCUUGCUGUACCAUUAUCUCAUAUACUCCUUUUAUAUUUA